AUGCGAUUUUCGUUUAAUAGUGAAGAUGUGAGGAAAGCUUGGAAUCGUUCUAUCGAAGAAGAGGUGGAAAGAUUAACGACGGAGGUUGAUGAGCACACCAAGAGGAUUCGAGACAUGGCAAACCAUGAGUUUCUGAUACGGCAAAUGCGUUUGGAGCUGAAAAACCAGGAUGAAGAGAUUGCUAAGCUGAAAGAAGAUUUGGCUCGAUUCGACAAGAUUUAA